GGAAAGGUGUGCGCGCAAGGUCUCGAUGAUCUCGAAUUACGUCGAUCGUCGUUCUCGCCGUCAUCAAUUAAAUCCAAAUGUCAAAUUACGAAUCCGUGUGGGCAGUGACAGCUCGAUUCAGUUGCACAGUGCGUAUAAAAUAAUUGCACAGCACCGUUAUGAAGCGGCCCUUAAAUCUGCAUGAUAAUAACCUUGAGUUGUCAUUCGCUCGGCGAGCGGCGGCUGAGAUAGGUGCGCGUACGAAGCCAAAAACUUGUUGAUAUAACUUCGCGAUCGUCGUGUUUUAAAUUUCCCCGUUCGAAUAGGGCUUGCGAGCCAACGAGCGUGAAAUCGAUCGACGAUGGGUGGAAAGUGGUCGGCACUGGAUCCCGCGCAAGUCGUUGUUCCGCAAUUACACGAUCUCCUGAACAGAGAUCCGUACUUGAAGCCGUACGAGAAUGAAAUAAAAAAGAGAUAUGCUCUGUACUUGGAUUAUAUCGAUAAAAUAAAAUGCGGAGAGAAAACAUUGGACGCUUUCACGAAAUCUUACAACAAAUUCGGCGUCCACGUGAAUGCCGAUAAUUCAGUUACCGUGAAAGAGUGGGUACCAGCCGCUAAACAGGUCUUUCUCACAGGAGAUUUCAAUCAUUGGAACAGAAACUCGCAUCCGUUCUCCAAAUUGGAGUUCGGUAAAUGGGAGCUUCACAUACCGCCGGAAAGCGAUGGCUCGUGCAAAGUCAAACACCUGUCCGAGAUCAAGCUGAUCAUCGAGGGCCCGGAUGGGAAUUACAUCGAGAGGCUCAGCCCGUGGGCGACUUACGUCGUGCCUCCGAACAAUCCCUCCACGGAUGGUUUCAAUUACCGUCAGAGAAUCUGGCAUCCGGAAAAUAAAUACGUGAUGAAACAUCCGAGACCGGCCAGACCCCGUAGCCUGCGCAUCUACGAGUGUCACGUGGGCAUCGCCACCCAAGAGGAGCGAGUCGGCACCUACUUGGAAUUCUCGCGCGACGUCAUCCCGCGCAUCGUGAAGCAAGGCUACAACGCCAUCCAGCUGAUGGGCAUCAUGGAGCACGCCUACUACGGCUCGUUCGGCUAUCAGGUGACCUCGUUCUUCGCCGCCUCGUCGCGUUACGGCACGCCCGAGGAGCUCAAGGAGCUCGUCGACACGGCCCACGCCAACGGUCUCUACGUGAUGCUGGACGUGGUGCACUCGCACGCCUCGAAGAACACCCUCGACGGUCUGAAUAUGUUCGACGGCACGGACGCUUGUUACUUCCAUUCGGGCAAGAGGGGACAGCAUCCGUUGUGGGACAGCAGGCUGUUCAAUUACGGCGAUUACGAGGUGCUGCGUUUUUUACUGUCCAAUCUAAGAUGGUACAUCGAGGAGUACGGUUUCGACGGUUACAGAUUCGACGGCGUGACCUCGAUGCUCUACCACUCUCGAGGACUGGGCCAAGCCUUCGGCGGCUCGUACGACGACUACUUCGGCUUGAACGUAGAUACCGAGGGCAUCGGUUACAUGAUGCUCGCCAAUUACACGCUUCGCGAGUUCUACCCGCAAGUGAUCACCAUAGCCGAGGACGUCAGCGGUAUGCCCGGAAUCUGCCGUCCGGUGGACGAGGGCGGCGUCGGUUUCGAUUAUCGUCUGGCCAUGGCCAUACCCGACAAGUGGAUCAAACUGCUCAAAGAGGUGAAGGACGAGGACUGGCAGAUGGGCGACAUCGUCUGGACCCUGACCAAUCGCAGAUGGAUGGAGAAGACGGUGGCAUACGCGGAGUCGCACGAUCAGGCCCUGGUGGGCGACAAGACCCUGGCCUUCUGGCUGAUGGACAAGGACAUGUACACCUCGAUGAGCGUGAUGAGUCCACCGAAUCCGGUCAUAAAUCGGGGAAUCGCCCUCAAGAACAUGAUCACCCUGAUAACUCACGCGCUGGGCGGCGAGGGAUACUUGAAUUUUAUGGGCAACGAAUUCGGACAUCCCGAGUGGCUGGACUUUCCACGAGCCGGUAACAACGAGAGUUACAAGUACGCCAGGAGGCAAUGGAAUCUCCUGGACGACGAGCUGCUCAAGUAUAAAUUCAUGGCUAAUUGGGACGCAGCGGUGAAUAGGCUCGAGAGCAACUACGGAUGGUUGAGUAGCGAUCCCGCUUACGUGUCGUGGAAGCACGAGGACGACAAGGUGAUCGUCUUCGAGCGCGCCGGCCUCGUGUUCGCCUUCAACUUUCACGCCACCAAGUCGUUCGCCGACUAUCCCCUGGGCGUGCACACGCCUGGAACCUACUCGGCCGUGCUGAGCAGCGACGAUCAUCAAUUUGGAGGCGAGCAACGCGUCGACUCGAGCGUGCGACACUUCACCCGGCCCGAACCGUUCGCCGGCCGAGAUCACAGUAUGCAGGUCUACGUGCCCAGUCGCACUGCUAUUAUUUACGCGUUGUGUGCCUGAAACGAGGCACGUCGAGAGCACAAAGUAAUAUGCAAAUGUAAUGUUUUGAUAUUGAUGUAAACAUCUGCAUACAUGCUGUUUUGUGUAAGAAAAAAAUCGAAAUUUUAAUAAAAAUGUAUGUUUUGUUACUUCGCCAAA